AUGUCUUGGAAUCUAGUGAAAACGGGCAAGCAAUUGAUUACCCAACUUGUAAUCAUUACUACGGGAUUGAUCAUUUUAGCAAUCAUCUAUCAACAGGAACUCAGUUUGCAAUCCUCGAAAGAAACUGCGAUGGAAGUAAAAUUCACUAGGUUAGAGAAAAAGCUAAAUGACUGUGAAGCGGAGAAUAAAACCGUGGCCAGUUCACUGGAAACAGAAAGCAAUUUGGUUCGGAAAAACAACGAGACGUUGGCUAACAAAAUUAAACUUCUAGAACAGGAGAAGAAUCAAACAGAACAACUUAUCGAUAGAAACAGGGACACAUUAAAGUCAAACGUGACAGUAAUAGAACGGGAUUUCUUCCAUUACAUGGCCGUUUCCUUGCGGGACACGCCCUACCCCGGAGUAGAAAACUACACCCGGUACACGGGGGCUCGUCUAGGGAUGCUACCAUUUGCCGAAAUUGAGCCGCUCAAGCCGGAAUACGGUCCCGUGAUUAAUAACGUCACGUCAUUCCGCUACCCCAUCACCGUUCCAGCGUGUCAUAUUCCCGCCAGGAACAAUCAAAGUGUUUUCGUCGCCGUCAUCUCGGCCCCCAGCAAUUUCGACAAGCGAAACACAAUCCCGCAGACGUGGCGAACUCACCUCAAUGUCUCCUACCUUAACAGUAUAAUGAGCAUUUACGGCAAUUCAGCUAGCAACUUGUUUCCUGCCCGAGGUAGGCACAUUCAGCAUUCGAAAUAUGAUUGGAGUGGACAUUUAUAA